AUGCGUUUCUCCAUUGUUGCCGCCACCCUUUUGGCCAGCGCCAGCGCUGUUAUUGCCGGCGAGUCCACCGUCUACACCACUGAGGAGGUCACCAUCACCUCGUGCGCUGCUACCGUCACCAACUGCCCCGCCCGCAGCACUGUCGUCAGCACCACCUCUUACCCAGUGAUCCCUACCACCUCUGCCUCCUCUACCCCCGCUGCGGUUAUCACCUACGCCAACACCUCUUCCCCCGUGGCUGCGCCAUCCUCCCCUGUUGCUGCUACCUCAAGCCCCGUUGCUGUCACCUCCUCUGCCGCUGGUGUCACUUCUGCCCCAGCUGUCUCUUCUCCCACCGUCUACACUGUGACCGUCAGCAGCUGCUCCUCAAGCAGCGUGUUUUCCACCGUCACUAUCCCAGCUGCCGCUAGCUCUUCCCCAGCUGCUUCUUCCCCAGUUGCCGCUGUUGUUCCCCCAUACUCAACUGGCUCUGUCGUUCCCCCUGCGUCGAACGUCACCAUCCCAGCUGCCACUGCCUCCCCAUCCCCGAUCACUGCUUCCUCCGCUUCGGGUAUCAAGGCCUCCUUCGGCAUGGCUGCCUUGGCUGCUAUCGUCGCUUUCCUCGCCUAA